UCACGCUUAUAAGCGCAUUUUAUUGGUGUUCGUCUUGACUCACGAACGCUUACGUUACUCAUCUAAAUACCGUUCGUUUUGAUCAUCAUAAGCUGUAUUGAGCAUUGACAAUAGUCAGUUGGCCAUCAACAAUAGUCAAUUGGCAUCAAUAUGGCGGGUGUAAAUAAUUUAGCUAUUUUUCAAGCAGUAGAAUGUUUAUUCGAAAUCGUUAAUAAUGAUAGUGAUUAUAGUGAUGAUGAAGAUUUGGAAGAACUUGAAAAAAUUGAUGAUGAAACACUAUGGGAAUAUUCCGGGACAUACUUGGAUUAUUAUCAUAGAAGAGAAAGUUUAUCAAAGCUCCAAAAUUAUGUUGAAGACAUAGUGCAAGCUUACACCGAAAAAGAAUUUCAAUCGCACUUCAGAAUGCGCCGAUCAACGUUUUCUUUUCUUAUGGAUACAAUAAAACCUUCAUUAAUAAGAAAAUCAGCAGGAUGUAAAAUGUUAUCGCCAGAGAAACAAUUACUUAUUGCACUGUGGAAAAUGGCCACUCCUGAUUCAUAUCGAUCGAUUUGUCAAAAAUUUAAUGUCAGCUUUGCAGUAGCACUCUUGAGUGUGCGUAAAGUUGUAAAUUCAUUAGUUGCAAUUGCACCUAACUUUAUAGUUUGGCCAGAUCCUGAAAAAGUUGAUAAUAUUUCGCAUGGAUUUGAAGUUACAAGUGGGUUUCCAAAUGUUAUUGGCGCAAUUGACGGAACACAUAUAAAUAUUACCAAACCUCGUCAACACUCGGAAUCCUAUGUUAACAGAAAAGGUCACCAUUCAAUUCAGUUACAGCCCUCGCGAUUUUGA